GAUUCCGCUGCCGACAUGGUGCACUUUUGCUUGCGUGGAGCGAAGGACCGGGCGGUGCAACACCCAGUCUCUGACGUGGAGAGAGGAGCGGUAGCGAGCACCAGACCGGGUAAUGGGGACUCGGUCCCCGCGCGCGUGCACGCCAAGUCUUCUACCAUCAACUCCAUACUGAAAGAUUCCAAGGUUACAGGGACCAAGCGCGGACCGCGAUACCGCAACCGCUCCCUCUCGCAGUCGUCGAACGACAGCUUCAGCUCCUCUGCAUCUUACACAGGAAGCUCUGAUGGAGAGGAUGCUGUUCAUCCACGGGAGAAGGAGCAGAAGAACUCGUCUGACUUCACGGACUUCUGCGUGCGCAGCAUCACGCAGGCGGCGUUCGGACGUCGCGAGAUAGAGAUCGCCGAGCAAGAGAUGCCCGGCAUCAUGGCGCUGAGGAAGAGAGCGAACCAGGACAAGCCACUAGAGGGCACCAGGAUUGUCGGUUGCACACACAUCACGGCGCAGACUGCCGUACUCAUAGAGACGCUCGCAGCUCUGGGUGGCAGCAUCCGCUGGGCUGCCUGCAACAUCUACUCCACACAGAUCCUUGACGACGGCGGCGACGCGACUCACGUGAUGCUCAAGAAAUAUCCGGACCGCUUCAAGAGCAUCAGCGGCAUCGUGGAGGAGAGCGUGACCGGCGUGCACCGCCUCUACCAGCUGAGCAAGUGUAGCAAGCUCACCGUCCCAGCAAUGAACAUCAAUGAUUCCGUAACGAAGACCAAGUUCGACAAUCUCUACUCCUGCCGCGAGUCCAUCCUCGACAGCCUCAAGCGUACGACCGACGUAAUGUUCGGUGGCAAGGUUGUGCUGGUGUGCGGAUAUGGAGAGGUCGGCAAGGGAUGCUGCCAGGCUCUCAAGGGACUCGGCGCCAUCGUCAUGGUUACCGAGAUCGAUCCGAUCUGCGCCCUGCAGGCCUGUAUGGAGGGAUUCCGCGUGGUGAAGCUGACAGAGGUUGUGCGCAGCAUCGACAUCCUCAUCUCUGCUACCGGCAACAAGAACGUCGUCACGCGCGAGCAUCUCGAUCGUCUGAAGAAUGGUUGCAUCGUCUGCAACAUGGGUCACUCCAACACCGAGAUAGAUGUGGUGAGUGGGUGGUGGGGGAGGAGGAGGGUGGUGGAGGAGGAGGGUCGUCUCGUGAACCUGAGCUGCUCCAGCAUCCCGUCGUUCGUCGCUUCGAUCACGGCGUGCACGCAGGCUCUCGCGCUCAUCGAGAUGUACAACGCGCCGCCGGGACGCUACAAGCAGGACGUAUACCUCCUGCCGAAAAAGAUGGACGAGUACGUUGCCAGUCUACACCUGGUGGCGUUUGACGCUCACCUGACAGAGCUGGCAGAUGAACAGUGCAAGUAUCUCGGCAUCAACAAGGUCGGACCAUUCAAACCCAACUACUACAGGUAUUAAUCGUCUGCGGACUCACAGGCCACGUCCGAUCGCGCACAACCGUUGCCGUGGCGACAGCGGCACAGCAGCGACAACGUCCACUAGGUGGCGCUGCGGUGCGAGACUCGCCGCCACGGUUGCGACACUCACAGACGGACAGACGCAGUCGAUCGACAUACCGAUGAUCGUGUGAUCGUAACAAUUAUACACGGAGGUCAUGACGUCGUUGCCACGACGACGACGUCACGGUGACGUCACAAAAUUGCCACCGUGAUUUCGCGAUGUUGACACGAUGGCAUCGCUCUGUUGCCACGGUGAUGUGAUGAUGAUGUGACGAUGACAUCAUGGUGACGUCACUAUGUCGCCACGCAGCGAUAACCUGGUGGGAGGGGGGGAUGAGAAGGUUAAGAGAUGUAACUCGUGUUUUUUUUUACUGGUGGGGGAUUCGUGUGCAGAAAUAAGAGAGAUAAUAUUUGCGUCGCACGCUGGAGGGUUAAUCGUAGCUGCACUGCCUUCCGCAGUACUCUCCUCCGCUUAAGGUGCGCG